AUGAAGGAAAUACUGACAUUAAGAGAGAGGCAAGAGCAACUUUUGGAGUUGUUACUUGAGGAAGAGAGAACGAGUGAAGAAAUGGCAAACGCAGUGUUAAGUCUCUAUCAGAUAAUGAGCACCGAGGACUCCCCAACUGAGCCGAGCGACAUUAAGUUAAAAAGUGAAGGAGUUCAGGAAGUAUUUCUCAAUGAAGGACAAGAAUGUUCAAACGCAGAUGUGAUAACAGAGGAAGACAUAGGGGAGUUACUUGAAGCACUAGAGGAGAUGCUCAAGGGAGAAAUAGAAAUGGCAAUUGAGGAACAGAGAGAUGACAUGUUCCUUAUGGUUUUACAUGAUAUACUCGAGGAUAAAGAGGAGCCACCACCUCAAUAUAAGGAGAUACUCGAGAUUGUACACGAGGAAACAAAGAUGGCACCUGAAGAUUUAGAUGAAUUACUUGACGGAUUACUUGACGGAACAAAAGAGGUGCUAAGGAAAGAAAUAAAUAUGCCUAGAGAGAGUUUAGAAGAGAUAGUUGAGGAUAUAGAGGAGAUACUUCUGGAGCACAUAAAGGAGAGUGUUAAGGAGAUGAUGGCUGAAAGGCAGACAAAAAGAAAAUGGGGAAGAAAGUUAUGGAAAUCACUAAUUCGGAAGAAUAGGCAGAGAAAGGGCAGAAGGAAGGCUGGAAAAGAGCUAAGGAAACAGAAAUUAAGGCCUGAAGGGCAAGAAGAGUUGAAGACUCAAAUGGUUAAUAAGGAGACGAUGACUGACCAUCUCGAACACGAGAGAAGAGAAGAAUUUAAUAAAAUAAUCUCUUUGGAAAACCAUCUGGAAGCCAUGAAGCAGCAAAUGAACGCCCUGACGAUAUCUUUGCAAGAAAAAGAGAGAAACGUCAGGGAAAAGGAAGACGCAAUUAACGAACUGAAGACAGAAAACGCCAGGCUCAAAAAGGAACGAAAUACAUGUGAGAGAGAAAAAGAUGAGGGGAGAAAAAAAGUUGACGAGGCGAUGAAGGAAAUAUUGACAUUACAAGAGAGGCAAGAGCAACUUUUGGAGCUGUUAGUGGAGGAAGAGAAAAGGAGUGAAGAAAUGUUAAGUGCAGUGCUAAGUCUUUAUCAGAUAAUGAGCACCAAUGAAUCUCAAAUUGAGCCCAGCGAUCGGCGCCCAAGGCCAGAGGAUUCGAGAACACGACAGAGGGCCAACUCCCCUCCACUGGACGAAAGCAAUGAAAAUGGCUGGAUAUGUAUGGAGGACUGUGAAUACUCUGUAGUGUGUGACGAAAAAGACGAUCCAUCCAGCCAAAGUCAUUCUUCAAGAGCAGACUGUGAAUUCCACAGUGUGUGUCGAUAUUCGUGGCCCAUGAGAGAUUCGGGAGAACCGACUGUAAAUGAGUGCGACAGUAAUUUAAAAAGUGAAGCUAACGACGACCUUACGUCAGGAGUUCAGGAAGUACCUCUCAAUGAAGGACACGAAUGUUCAAACGCAGAUGUGAUAACAGAGGAAGACAUAGGGGAGUUACUUGAAGCACUAGAGGAGAUGCUCAAGGGAGAAAUAGAAAUGGCAAUUGAGGAACAGAGAGAUGACAUGUUCCUUAUGGUUUUACAUGAUAUACUCGAGGAUAAAGAGGAGCCACCACCUCAAUAUAAGGAGAUACUCGAGAUUGUACACGAGGAAACAAAGAUGGCACCUGAAGAUUUAGAUGAAUUACUUGACGGAUUACUUGACGGAACAAAAGAGGUGCUAAGGAAAGAAAUAAAUAUGCCUAGAGAGAGUUUAGAAGAGAUAUUCGAGGAUAUAGAGGAGAUACUCCUGGACCACAUAAAGGAGAGUGUUAAGGAGAUGAUGGCUGAAAGGCGGACAAAAAGAAAAUGGGGAAAAAAGUUAUGGAAAUAUCUAAUUCGGAAGAACAGGAAGAGAAAAGGCAGUAGGAGGGCUGAAAAAGAGUUAAGUAAAGAGAAAGUUAGGCCUUAA